AUGGCUUCCUAUCGCAGCAUCCUCAAGGAUAUGCUAUUCCCCUCUUCUCGCCCGCCGCCGACCUCUCGCUGGGACCCGGACAUCUCUAUGCCUUUGCUUUUGGAUCGGAUUGUCGUCCUAAGCGGCCCCACCGCUGGGAUUGGCUAUGAAACCCUGCGCCAGUUGAUCCUAUCCUCUGCACACGUGUACCUCUUUGGUCGUUCUUUAUCACGACUCGAGCGAACGCGGGAUACGAUCCUCGCCGAGACCACUUGUGCUCUGGCUGAGUUGAAGCCUGGGACGGUCCGAUAUGGAGCAAAACCAGGCAAAAUGACUCUAAUCCAAUGCGAUCUGAGUUCGUUAGCUAGUAUAAAGAAAGCGGUUGAAGAGUUCAAACAGAAGGAAGACAGGGUAGAUUUAGUGUUUGGAAACGCAGGAGUUAUGGAAGGAGGAAAAACGGAGGAAGGGUAUGAGUUGAUGUGGGGUACAAACGUCCUUGGACACCAUGCCCUAAUCCGACUCCUACUUCCCCUCUUGAAAACGUCCGCACAAGAACGCAACUCCACAGUCACAGGAGAAACAAGAGUAGUGCUUACAGCAUCAGACACGCAUAAAUGGGUCACAAAACCUCAACACCUCACCCUGAGCCCAAACGCCACCAACGCUAAACUCGCACAUAUUCACCUCUACGGUCGAAGCAAGUUGGGAAACGUUUACACCGCCCAACGUCUCGCAAAGCUCUCCACCGCAAACAAAUGGGGCAUCACAGUGUGUUCGGUGCAUCCUGGUGGAAUUCAGUCCCAACUCGGAUCGGGAGGUGCAGUGUUGACCAAGGUCAAGAAUUGGUUUUUGUGGCCUGUGACACUAGGCGCUGUAACGCAGUUGUGGGGUGCGGUGGGAGCAGAAGGUGGGGAGGUGCAGGGGAAGUAUUUGGUCCCAUGGGCAAAGGUGGGUGAGCAGAGCGAGUUGGCAAAAGAUGAGCGCCUGGAGGGUGAUGUGUGGCGGUGGUGUGAGGAACAAUGUGUGCGACAUGGAGUGUUUGCGGAGGAGGAUAGAUACCCACUGUUAUUAUAG